AAAAACAGUAGUGUUUUCUUCUUUUCCAUCUUAUAGGACAGUUCGUCAGUUCCAAUUACACAACUGUUUCUCUCAUCAUAAACAACUAAAACUCAAGACCUAAAUUCCCCCACAUUCAAACCCUAGAAAAUUCUUCAAUUCUUCUCUAAUUUUCAAUUUCAAGCAGAAGAAGUUGACAAAAACCCUAAUUAGCUCUGGCGAAUUGAUAAAUGGACAUAUUAUUUGCACAGAUCCAAGCGGAUCUGCGCUCAAAUGAUGCAUUACGUCAAUCAGGUGCAUUACUACAAGCAUUACAACAAUCAGCAGCAGGUAAAGACAUAUCAGUAAUAGCAAAAUCAGCUGUUGAAGAAAUUGUAGCUGCACCAGCAUCAGCAAUAUGUAAGAAGUUAGCAUUUGAUUUAAUUAGAUCUACUCGCUUAACAUCUGAUUUAUGGGAAACUGUAUGUAUCGGUAUAAGAAAUGAUUUUGAUUUCCCUGAUCCUGAUGUUACUGCUGCUGCUGUUUCAAUAUUAGCUGCCAUUCCUUCGUAUCGUUUAGGUAAACUCAUUAAUGAUUGUAACAAAGAGAUUACCAAUUGUUUUGAUUCUGGUAGUGAUAAUUUAAGGUAUUCGAUUACUGAGACAUUAGGUUGUAUUUUAGCGAGAGAUGAUAUGGUUAUUUUAUGCGAGAACAAUGUGAAUUUACUCGAUAGGAUAUCGAAUUGGUGGAGAAGGAUUGGUCAGAAUAUGCUUGACAGAUCUGAUUCUGUUUCUAAAGUUGCUUUUGAAUCAGUAGGGAGGUUGUUUCAGGAAUUUGAUUCCAAAAGAAUGAGUCGUUUGGCUGGUGACAAACUUGUUGACAGUGAGAACUCGUUGGCGAUAAGGUCAAAUUGGGUAUCAUUAACUGUGGAUUUUGUUUGGAAAAAGAGAAAUGCAUUAAUGUCUAGGUCACUGGUUUUGCCAAUUGAGAGUUUUAGGGUUACUAUAUUUCCAAUUGUGUAUGCGGUUAAAGCAAUUGGUUCAGGUUCUGUUGAAGUUUUCCGGAAGCUUUCGAAGGCUUCUGGUAAUGGGGUUGUAGGUGCGAAUAUGCAGGAACUGGGAAAUGCUGAGAAGGUUGUUGGAGUUUUAGAUGUGGUUACACAUUUGAAUCCCUUUUUGUCUUCGUCGUUGGAUCCAGCUUUGAUAUUUGAAGUUGGAAUAAAUAUGUUAUAUUUGGCUGAUGUUCCUGGAGGUAAGCCUGAGUGGGCUUCUGCAUCAAUCACUGCAAUUCUCACACUGUGGGAUAGACAAGAGUUCUCGUCUGCUAGAGAAAGCAUAGUCAGGGCCGUCGUCACCAACCUACACUUACUGGAUCUCCAUAUGCAGGUUUCUUUGUUUAAGAGAUUGCUUCUGAUGGUAAGAAACUUAAGAGCAGAAUCAGAUCGUAUGCAUGCUUUAGCAUGCAUUUGUCGGACAGCACUGUGCGUUGAUCUUUUCGCAAAGGAGAGUGUCCGAAGAGGUCAGAAACCUCUUGCAGGAACUGAUAUUGUUUCACUUUUUGAGGAAGUGAGGGUAAAAGAUGAUCUUAAUAGUAUUACAAGUAAGAGCUUAUUUAGAGAAGAGCUGGUUGCUUCACUGGUAGAGAGUUGUUUUCAGUUAUCUCUUCCAUUACCAGAACAAAAGAAUACUGGUACAGAAAGUAGAGUGAUUGGCGCUUUAGCUUAUGGAACUGGUUAUGGUGCAUUAAAUUGGACGGAGCCGUCUCUGGAGGUUGUUGAAGUUUGUAAACCUUGUGUUAAAUGGGACUGUGAGGGACGGACUUAUGCUAUUGAUUGCUACUUAAAAUUGCUGGUAAGGUUAUGCCAUAUCUAUGACACCAGGGGAGGUGUUAAAAGGGUCAAGGAUGGAGCUUCUCAGGAUCAGAUUCUUAAUGAGACAAGGCUGCAAAACUUACAGCGCGAGCUUGUGAAAGAGUUGCGGGAGGUGAACACUCCAAGAAUUUGUGCCCGCCUAAUUUGGGCUGUUGCUGAACACAUUGAUCUUGAAGGUCUAGAUCCACUUUUAGCUGAUGACCCAGAAGAUCCGCUGAAUAUUAUCAUCACAAAUAUGCAUAAGGUCUUGUUCAAUGUAGAUGCCUCCGCAAAUACAUCAAAUAGGCUUCAAGAUGUGCAAGCAGUUCUUCUAUGCGCUCAGCGUUUGGGUUCACGCCAUCCCAGAGCAGGACUUCUGUUGACAAAAGAACUAGAAGAAUUUAGAAAUAGUACCUUGGCUGAUUCUGUAAACAAGCACCAGUGUCGUCUUAUACUGCAGAGGCUUAAAUACGUUGGAAAUCACCAGGAAAGCAAGUGGGCUGGAGUUAGUGAGACUAGAGGAGAUUAUCCGUUUAGCCACCACAAGCUUACCGUUCAGUUUUAUGAAGCAGCUGCUGCUCAAGACAGAAAAUUGGAAGGAUUGGUUCACAAGGCCAUUCAGGAGCUAUGGAGGCCAGAUCCUAGUGAAUUAACUGUUUUACUGACAAAAGGAAUCGACUCUACUUCCCUGAAGGUGCCUCCAACUGCAGCUACCUUGAGUGGUAGUAGUGAUCCAUGCUUUGUUGAAGCAUAUCAUUUGACAGACUCAAAUGAUGGAAGGGUCACCUUGCAUCUCAAGGUCUUGAACUUGACUGAAUUAGAACUUAGCAGGGUUGAUAUACGUGUCGGUGUAUCUGGUGCACUAUUUUUCAUGGAUGGAUCUCCUCAAGCAGUGCGGCAGCUGCGUAAUCUUGGUUCACAGGAUCCAGUGCUGUGCAGUGUGACGAUGGGUGUCUCCCAGUUUGAGAGAAGUGCUCUUUGGGUUCAAGUGUUGUAUUACCCAUUCUAUGGAAGUCGUGGUCCAGGAGACUAUGAAGGAGAUUAUACGGAAGAAGAUCCUCAAGUUAUGAGACAAAAGAGAAGCUUAAGGCCAGAGCUAGGAGAACCUGUGGUUUUGAGAUGUCAACCUUACAAGAUCCCCUUAACUGAUCUUCUCUUGCCACACAAAAUCUCUCCUGUCGAAUAUUUCCGACUUUGGCCUAGUUUGCCGGCUGUAUUGGAAUACACAGGUGCAUAUACUUAUGAAGGAAGUGGUUUCAAAGCUACUGCUGCACAGCAAUAUGGGGCUUCUCCCUUCCUCAGCGGUCUCAAGUCUCUCUCUUCUAAGCUUUUCCAUAAUGUCUGCUCUCACAUUCUCCGCACGGUUGCAGGGUUUCAACUUUGCUUUGCUGCCAAAACCUGGCAUGGAGGUUUCGUGGGAAUGAUGAUCUUUGGUGCCAGUGAAGUUAGCAGGAAUGUUGACCUAGGAGAUGAAACGACAACUAUGAUGUGUAAAUUUGUGAUCAGAGCCUCUGAUGCGUCAAUCACUAAGGAGAUUGAAUCAGAUCUGCAGGGGUGGUUAGACGAUAUUACAGAUGGGGAUGUAGAAUACAUGCCUGAAGAUGAAGUCAAACAGGCUAGCAUUGAAAGACUACGCAUAUCAAUGGAGCGGAUAUCACUGCUUAAGGCUGCUCAGCCUCCACCUAAAGAUUCCAACCUUGAUGACGAGCCUGAAGAAGAAUCAGAAGAGGGAUCAGGCGAGGAAGAGGAAGAGGAAAAGAAGAAGAGAAAGAAGAAAGGGAAGAAGGGUAAGAAGGAGAACGGCGUAGAUGAAGAAGAAGAUGAUGAAAAUAAAGGACCUUCAACGCUAUCGAAACUAACAGCAGAAGAGGCUGAGCACCGUGCACUUCAGGCAGCAGUUUUGCAAGAGUGGUAUAUGCUAAGCAAAGGAAAUAGUAGAACGCAAGUUCAUUAGUUGUAUGCCAUUUCAUUUUAAUUUGCUUGCAUGUUUGGCUAUAUUAUUCUUUGAUAUUCCUCAUCCUGUAAUAUGAAAUUGCAUUCUGAAAUUAGGUUUUUUCGGGGAAGGUUUGUGUGCUGAGCUUUUCUUUCCCAUUUCCGGUGUGGAUAUUUCCCCAUGUUUGUACAUGAUGCUGUACCGAUUAUUUGUUCGUUUUUGUUCAAUUUGAGAAGUUUUUGUGUGUAGUGA